GCCGGCGGUUAGCUCUUUGAUUCUCAACUCCCGCAACGGUCAGCCCUUCUAUACAGCGAAUUUCGAAAUGAGUCGCACAUCGGGAGCACCCAAUACAAUCCAAGAGUUGAAAGACCUCAUAUCUGGUGAUAUCAAGGUCAAAGUGGCCGGAAUUGACGUCGAUGGUGUCCUUCGUGGGAAAUACAUGUCGAAGGACAAGUUCUUGAGUGCAGCAUCGUCCGACGGUUUUGGGUUCUGCAGUGUCAUUUUCGGCUGGGACUUGCACGACCAAGUGUACUCUCGGGAACUUCUGGUUUCGAACAGGGCGAACGGCUAUCGCGAUUUAAUUGCUUCAAUCGACCUUUCAACAUAUCGUCGUAUCCCUUGGGAAAACUACGUACCGUUUUUCCUCGUCAACUUCCUCGACCCCGAAACAAAAGAGCCAUUGGUAGUAGACCCUCGGGGGAUCCUACGUAUAACGACGGAUAGAGCUUCGGAAAUUAACCGGCUGUGCUAUGCAGGUGUAGAAUACGAAUACUUCAAUUUCAAAGAGACCGCUGAAUCCCUAGCAGAGAAGAAAUUUCACCUUCUGAGUCCACUCACUCCCGGCAUGCACGGGUAUUCGCUACUGAGGACGCAGCUCAACAACCAAUAUUUCCAAAACAUCUUUGACAAGGCAACGGAGUUCGGUGUAGACAUCGAGGCACACCAUACUGAGACGGGUCCUGGCGUAUUUGAGACCGCUUUAGCAUACACCAGCGCCCUCAGAAUGGCAGAUAAUGCGAUUCUUUUCAAGUACUUGACGAAGAGUUUGGGCAUGCAGCACGGUGUGUUACCAAGCUUCAUGGCGAAGCCUUGGGGAAAUCUUCCUGGUUGUAGCGGACACAUACAUGUUUCCUUGCGAGACAAAUCGGGCAAGAAUGUAUUUACCGUGAAUGAGAAGGAUGGCCCACGGAGAGACGCUGCAAAUGAUGAUACUCGAUUUCUUAGUAAAGAAGGAGAAUAUUUCUUAGCUGGUGUUCUUGAUGGUAUAGCUGACGUGAUGCCGAUGCUCGUGCCAACCAUUAACGGAUAUAAGCGUUUAGUUGGAGGAGAAGCUUUUUGGGCACCGAAUGCAAUUACAUAUGGCUACGACUCUCGAGCAGCUUCUAUACGGAUUAUCUCACCGCCUUCUGUUCCGCCCGCAGCUACUCGACUGGAGAUUCGCAUCCCGGGUGCUGACAUGAACCCUUAUUUCGCCUUGAGUGCCGUUUUCCUCCUCGGCUUACGGGGUAUCAACAAGAAGCUCGAGUUGACUGCUCGUCCGAUGGGUCAACUCUCUCCCGAAGACAGAAAGAAUGGAACUGUCAAGAUGCUACCGACAUCGUUAGAAGCGGCUACAGCCCGCAUGAUGCGCCCGGAAAGCGUUGCUCGUGAAUUGGGCAUGUUCGGAGAUGUGUUUGUGGAACAUUUUGGUGGCACCAGAGAACAUGAAGUAAAACUUUGGAAUGAAGCGGUGACUAACUGGGAAGUUGAACGAUACAUCGAGCUUGCGUAACGCUGUAGUGUAUAUACAGCUAACCGCAAAUAAAUACAGUCCCGUCCUGUACAUAAAUUAUUUUAGGACAUUCUCUCCACUUCUUAUGUGUCAC